AUGGUGCAUCGAUAUUUACAGUUCAAGAAAGUUCACUACUAUGUAUUCCCAUUGGUCGCAAUGGUAGUUUGGUGGGGGAUGCUUACUGCAUUGAUAACCUGUUGGGGUGUACAGGGCCAUCCAAUAUAUGCAUUUAUGGAUGCUAGUCAGAACCCUGUGUAUAUAUCUGACAUUGCAUCAACAAAUUUACAACCGAUAUUCAUAUCGUGUACUGCUGUAGAAGGUAUCUUUAUGGUUUCUACCUUAGUAAUGGAUUUUGUCUUGAGAACAAAGAGCAAAAUACAACCGUACACCUUCCCACUGCAACGUAUAUGUGGUAUUUUAGCAAUCGUCGCUUCUAUUAUCGGUCAGUUUGGAAUAUUCUUCGUUUCCGUGUUCAACAACAAAAACUUCCCGUCCGUGCAUUUUUCAAUGUUGAUCGUUUUCAUUAUAUGUAUUUGCUUUGCAUGCUUUUUCAAUUUUUAUAAUACUUUCAUGUUUGGAUUUUACCCUGUUCGUUUGACCUUAGACCCAGAACUGUACCCUUCCAGAGAGACGAUGAUUUUCGGCAAGAAAUACAGAAUUCAAAACCUUUAUUUCGUUUCCUUUGUAUUGAAAAUGAUCUGGCUAGCAGCCGCUGCUACUUUUGCAAUUGGGUUUGCAGUUUGUAUUACUGAGGGAAAGAACUCGCUCGGUGCGAAAUUCGAAUGGACCUUAGCAUAUUGGUACGGGUUUUUGUUAGCCAUGUGGUCAAUUGAUUUAUUCCCCUCUGCACGUAAGCACUACAGCCAGAAGCAUGCCAAUAACAUAGACCAAGUCUCGUACGAUAAGGAAGAUAAUGACACCUUUCUGAGCACUGAUAUAAUGCAAAACCCUCAGAGUUAA